AUGAAUGAAAUAAAAUCUGAAAGUUUAUUGCAGACAAGGCCAUUCAAGUUAGGUAUUGAGGAUAUUCAAAAUUUAGGGUCGUCAUAUUUUAUCGAAAACAAUGAAAAACUGAAAAAAUACAAUAAUGAAAUCAGUUCAUUGAAAAAAGAAUUGGACAUUUUAAAUGAAAAAAUGGGAAAAUGUACUACAACAACGAAGAUUGUCGAACCAGCCAAAACUCCUGAAUUUACCUUCUGGUAUUAUGAACUUAAAGAAAUGAAAGGAUUUCAGGAUCUGGUUAUGUAUGAAGUAAAGAAAAAGAAGAAACACUUCAAAGUUUUGAGCCACAGUUGCCUAAAAUAUUUAAGCAAUCGAGAAAAGAUGAAAAUAAAAAAACAAGAAGAAGAAGAGAAAAGAUUAAAAUUAUAUUCAAAGAAUAUAUCGUCUUAUAUGGAUGUAUUUUGGAAGAAAAUAGAAAAGCUAGUAUGGGAAGAAAAAAAGAGAGAAUUACAACAAACAUUAAAUAAAAAAAAAGAAAUGAGAUUUAAAAAGUUUGUGAAAGAAGCCAUAAAAAAAAUAAAAGAUGCUAGACAUAAUAAUGCUCAUGAAUUGUUUGAAAAUAAAUAUGUUAGUAUGAGCUCAAAUAAUAACAGUGAAAUUGUUAAUAAUAAUUUAUCAUCCGUUGAUAAUGGUGAUAAAGAAUUAAAAGAAGAUGAUCUUACAGACCAAGAAGAAGAAGAUUAUCUCUUGGAUGAGCAAAUGAGCUCAACUGAUGAAUCUGAAAACAAAGAAGAAGAAAUCAAUAUGUUAGAUGACGAAGCAAACUUACCCAUUGAAGAAUUGUUGAAAAGAAUGUAUGGUUUUAAGAGUGGAGAGGAUUAUAUAAAUUUUAUGGAAAAUGAAGACGACGUAAAUGAAGAGAAUGUAAUUGAAACGAGUCAUAAUGAUGAAAAAAGUGGAGAUAAUAGCAUUGGUGAGGAUGAUAAUAAUAAUGAUGAAAAAAGUGAAGAUAAUAAUAUAGAAGAAAAUGAUAAUAAUAAUGAUGACAAAAGUGGAGAUAAUAGCAUUGGUGAGGAUGAUAAUAAUAAUGAUCACCAAAGUGGAGAUAAUAGCAUUGAUGAGGAUGAUAAUAAUAAUGAUGAUAAAAGUGGAGAUAAUAACAUUGGUGAGGAUGAUAAUAAUAAUGAUGAAAAAAGUGAAGAUAAUAACAUAGAAGAGAAUGAUAAUAAUAAUGAUGACAAAAUUGAUCAAGAGCAAUUUAAUCAUGAGACUAAGGAUGAUAUAAUUAAGAAUUGCUCGUAUGGACAUAUUGAUAAUAAGAAUUAUUAUGAUAAGACAGGAGAAGAUUACAAAAGUGAUAAAGAAAAUUAUUCACCAACCAGAUUUCAUAAUAAAAUAAAAAAGGAAAAAUAUGAUGAAUAUGAUACAAAGGUGAAAAUAGAAAAAAGAGAAGAAGAAAAUAAAAAUUAUGAAAAGGAUGAACAUGAACAUGAACAUGAACAUGAACGUGAACAUGAACGUGAACAUGAACAUGAAAGUGAUAAUUAUGAUAAGGAAAAAAUAAAUAAGAAAAAAGAAUUAAUUUUAUUAAAAAAUGCUAUCGAAAACGAUUCGGAUGAGAUGUCUGAACAUAUAAAAAGAGAUAGUAGAUCAUCUUGUCAAAGAAAUAGUGAAAAGAAAAGAAGAAUUAUAAAAGAUGAAUAUAAUUUAAGGAGGACAAAAAUAGCUAAAAGUAAACCAUCUAGCGAUAAUAACAAUAGUGACAAUGACAAUAAUAAUGACAAUAAUAAUGAGCACAAGAAUGAUAGUGAUGACAGUGAUGAUAAUGAUGAUAUAUUAACAUGUAACAUGGAUGAAAAACAUUUAACAAAAAUCCCUCCUAUUAUUAAAGCGACCUUACGAGAUUAUCAACAUGCAGGGUUACAUUGGUUAUUAUAUUUAUAUAAAAAUAAUAUUAAUGGUAUAUUAGCUGAUGAAAUGGGUUUAGGAAAGACAUUACAAUGUAUAUCAUUGUUAAGUUACCUAGCUUAUUAUUUUAAUAUAUGGGGUCCACAUUUAGUAAUAGUACCAACAUCUAUAUUAAUAAAUUGGGAAAUUGAAUUAAAACGUUUUUGUCCAUGUUUUAAAAUCUUAUCAUAUUAUGGAAAUCAAAAUGAAAGAUAUAAAAAAAGAGUUGGAUGGUUUAAUAAAGAUACUUUUCAUAUAUGCAUUUCUAGUUAUUCAACUGUUGUAAAAGAUCAUUUAGUUUUUAAAAGGAAAAGAUGGAAAUAUAUAAUAUUAGAUGAAGCUCAUAAUAUAAAAAAUUUUAAUACGAAACGUUGGAAUAUUAUAUUAAGUUUAAAAAGAGAUAAUUGUUUAUUAAUUACAGGUACCCCUUUACAAAAUAGUUUAGAAGAGUUAUGGUCUUUACUUCAUUUUCUUAUGCCAAAUAUAUUUACAUCUCAUUUAGAUUUUAAGGAAUGGUUUUCAGAUCCUUUAAAUUUAGCUAUAGAAAAAAGUAAAAUUCAUCAUUCCAAAGAAUUAAUAGAUAGAUUACAUACAGUUAUACGUCCAUAUAUUUUAAGAAGAUUAAAGAAAAAUGUAGAAAAAGAAAUGCCAAAUAAAUAUGAACAUAUAAUUAAAUGUAAAUUAACACGAAGACAACAAAUUUUGUAUGAUGAAUUUAUAAAUAAUAAAAAUGUACAAAAUACAUUAAAUACAGGAAAUUAUAUAGGAUUAAUGAAUAUAUUAAUACAAUUAAGAAAGGUAUGUAAUCAUUGUGAUUUGUUUACAAAUAAAUAUAUACAAACACCUUAUUAUUAUAUGUUAUCAAUUCGUUAUUUUGUACCUCGUUUUUUUAUUUUAUUUGAAAAAAAUUAUUAUGCAGAUUUUUAUCUAAUACUUUUUCUUCAUAAUGAAUUUACAUCUCUCGGUGGUCGAAAUGUUACCAAACAAACAAAUACAUCUUCCAAAUCACUUGACCUUGCUCAUAUUUUAAAUAAGCAUAAUACUAAUGAAUUGUAUGAUAAUAAUCAUAUUUCUGAAUUGUAUGAUAAUAAUCAUAUUUCUGAAUUGUAUGAUAAUAAUCAUAUUUCUGAAUUGUGUGAUAAUAAUCAUAUUUCUGAAUUGUAUGGUAAUAAUCAUAUUUCUGAAUUGUAUGGUAAUAAUCAUAUUUCUGAAUUGUAUGAUAAUCCAAUGAAUCAUAAAAAUUUCAAACAUAAUUCAAAUUGUUAUACUUAUCCAAAUGAUCAUAUUAAUAAUAUGAAGAAUAAUAAUCCAUCUGGAUUUACAAAAACCAGUGAAGAGUUUGGUCAGAAUAUAUCACAUGAAAAAGAUAAUAAUUAUCAUAUGAUGGAUCAUAAUAAUAUGAAUAAUUUAUUAUCAAACGAAAUGGUAAAUUCCUUGAGAAACGAUGAUAAUUCAAAUAAUAAUUUUUAUAAAUAUUCUCCCACAUCUAAUAAUAAUGAUUCGCAGACAAGUAUACAUGAUAACAAACAAUGUGAUUAUAAUAAGUUUUGUGCAGAUACUUUUAACAAUAUUAAUAGUAUUGAGAAUGAGGAAAAACAUUCCCUGAAUGUUUUAAACGAACAAAACACCAACAAUAGUAAAGAUAAUAAUAAUACAGAUAAUAAUAAUAAUAAUAAUCAUAAUAAUAAGCAACAUUGUAAUUAUAAUGAUAAUUGCACAAGUGAUUAUGCAACUAAUAUUAUUAAUCAUAGGAAUGCUUUUCUUUCCAUACUAAAACUCUUGAACCAAAGCAACCCUCUUAAGAGCGACAAUAAUAAUAAUAAUAAUAAUAAUAAUGGGAAUAAUAAUAUAUAUAAUAUGAACAGAUGUAAUAGUCGUAAUAGUCGUAAUAGUCGUAACAGUCGUAACAGUCGUAAUAGUCGUAAUAGCUCGCUGUCUAAUAUUUUUUCCUCCAAUACAAGUAAAAUGAAUUCAUUCCCACUUGAUUUGCUAUACACGAAAAGUUUUAUAAAUGAAAAUGCCCUAUGUAAGAAUUCUCUUUUUGUUAACAUAAAUAUAGAAGAUGUUCAUAGUUAUAUUUAUAAUAGUAUAUAUAAAGAAUAUAUGCCUAAGAAUAUUUUAAGUUUUUCUGAUGAAUUUCUCACAGAAUUAAAUAAUAAUUAUGAUAUUCUUUCUUUAUAUAUUGAUCCAUAUAAUAGAUAUAAAAGUUAUAAUGAAUACCUAUAUAAAAUGAAAGAGGAAGGAACAUUAACAAGUCAACAAUCAUUAAGCGAUAUAAAUAAUAAACAUAUUUAUCAUAAAAGUACAUCUAAUGAAAAUACACAUAUGAAAAAUAGGAAAACAUUUAUAUAUAAAUAUAAUAACAUGUUUAAAGUAAUUAAUAAUGAUACACAGUAUCAAAAUAUAUUUACUGAUGACACAAAUAAUACUUAUUAUAAUUCAUUAGAACAUAAUUUAUGGAUUAAAAGAAAUCAAAUUGAUGAAAGAAAAAAAGAACAAGAAGAGGAACAGAACAAAUAUUAUAAUCUGUGUAUGAAUAAUUUCUAUAUAUUAAGAAAUGAAAGAAUACCUAUCUUUGGUAAAAAUUUUCUAGACUUAAUUAAAAGAGAAUUUACAAAGGAUAAAAAUAUUGUUUAUAAUUAUACGAACAAUGUUCCUAUUAAUUAUUAUUCAUCAGUCAAGGAAGUUUGGGUUGAGGAUAUUUAUGAAAAGGAUAACAAAAAGAGGAAAUGGAAAAGAGAAAAGAGAUGGUACAAGAGAAUAAAGAAAACAAACAAUCAACCAGAAGAUAAUGAUGUUGACAAAAAAAAUAGUAUGGAUAGAGAAAUACAGAUAAUAAAUGAAGAGGAAGAAAAUAGUAUUGAUCAAGAAAAAGAUAAUUGUGAUGAUGAAGAUAUGAAUUCUAAUUUAUCUUCUAAUGUGUAUGGAAGUUUUGAUAUAUCAUCACACAAUUUUAUUCAUUCCAGAUGUCAUAAUUCAAUGAUGAAUAUGUCUUAUAUAAUUGAAUUCUUAUUUCCUAAUAUGGAACAAUUUUUAAAACGACAUGAAAAGAUGAUACAUAAUUUUACGUUAAUAAAUAAUCCAUCCGUGAUAUGUAAAAGUCAUGAUAUAAGAAUAAAUAAUAAUUUAUUAAAUUAUAGUAAUCAUAAAAUGAAUCCAAUCAUUUUAAAAAUAAAAAAUGCUACUAGAGUAUAUCAUGAUGCAUUUUUAAAACAAUCAAUAAUCUUCCCUUUAAAUAAAGAUAUAUCAUUAGGAAGUGGCAAAUUAUGUGCCCUAGAGAAAUUGUUAAGUAAAUGUAAAAGAGAAGGAAAUAAAUGUUUAUUAUUUACACAAUUUAUUAAAAUGUUAGAUAUAUUAGAAAUAUUUUUAAACCAUUUAAAUUAUUCUUUUAUAAGAUUAGAUGGAUCUACAAAAGUAGAACAACGUCAAAAAAUUGUAACAAAAUUUAAUAAUGAUAAAUCGAUUUUUAUAUUUAUUUCUUCCACACGUAGUGGUAGUAUAGGUAUUAAUUUAACAGCAGCAAAUGUAGUCAUUUUUUAUGACACCGAUUGGAAUCCUUCAAUUGAUAAACAAGCUAUGGAUAGAUGCCACCGUAUAGGACAAACAAAGGAUGUACAUGUUUUUAGAUUUGUUUGUGAAUAUACUGUAGAAGAAAAUAUAUGGAAAAAACAAUUACAAAAAAGGAAACUAGAUAAUAUUUGUAUAAAUAUGGGAAAUUUUAAUAACUCAAAUAACCAUUCAAAAAUAACAGAUACAGAUCCUACACAUAAUAAAGAUUGGUUUACUAAUGUUGAUACAAUCAAAGAAGUAUUUAUUAACAAAAAAAAUAAUGAUGAUGACGACGAUAUGUAUAAAGAUAGAUUGUUACAUGAGCAAGUCGAAAAUAAAGAUAAAAUGAAUGUCCGUUUUGAGAAAACAUUAGAGCAUGUUGAGGAUAAGGAUGAUAUACGUGCAUUAAAUGAGACUAAAAAGGAGACACAGAAUGAGAUAUCUCAAAAUAUGCAGGAGUUUACUACACGUAAUGACUUCCAAGACAGCUAUAAUCUCACCUCAUAUUGCUUCAAUUUCUUAAACGAAAAUCUAACAGACUCCUUAAAACAACAAAUUGAUGAAAUGAAAAUGAAAAUUGAAAUUGAAAUGAUGAAUACUGGAGAUGAAAAUAUGCCCCUUAGUGACUCAUCAAAUAAAUCCCAUAAUUCAGAAUAA